AAAUUCCUUGACUUGGUUCGUUUCGGAAAUUUGAAAUCCCUGAUCAGUAACCCUAGAGAAACCGUUAAUCAAUCCUGGGAACGCGUGAAACCAUGUUUUCAACAGAUCUUGAUGAGUUUCCAUAUGUCCGUUUUUCAAUUGGACUUUUUUGCCGAAAAAUGGAUAACGUGUAGAGACUUGGGAUAUAUUGACUCGGUCAUUGGGAAAAUACCCGGAGGGAACGUAACGACGGAAGACGUGGAAAAGUACAAAGCGACAUUCUCCGCUGAAAACUAUGCCAGCAUUACCGGUGGCAUUAACUACCACCGAAGUAAUGCGUUCAUGGGUUUAUAUAAUGAACAGAAGAACAGAGGUAUAAAGCAAGUUGGAUUUGUGGGUAUUCCUACACUGGUCAUCUGGGGAGAGAGGGAUCGAUUGUUACAGAAGCAAGUGAACCUAGACAACCUAGAGAACUACGUUUCCAAUCUUGAGAUCAGACGAAUCCCAGAAGCGGGUCAUUUCAUCCACCAAGAAGUUCCCGAUAGAGUCAAUGAUAUAAUAAGAAAAUUCAUCACCAGCAAGGGAAAUCUUCAUGAUCUUGGUGAAAAUGACAGCCU